AUGGCCACCCAGGAGGAGGCCCCCAACAAGAAGAUCUCGCAGUUCGAUUACACUUUGCUGCCAGAGCUCUCUGCUCUCCUGGGCAUGGACGCAGUUCAAUAUGCAAAGGAGAUAGAAGAAAAGGAGCAGGAAGACCGAGAAAAAAUGCAGAAAGGCUUUAACUCACGAAUGCGCAGUGAAGCAAAAAGGUUGAAGACGUUUGUGACCUACGAGUCCUACAGCUCGUGGACACCACAGGAGAUGGCAGCGGCGGGGUUCUACUUCACCGGCGUAAAAUCUGGGGUGCAGUGCUUCUGCUGUAGCUUAAUCCUCUUUGGUGCCAGCCUCCAGAGACGCCCCAUAGAAGACCACAAGAGGCUACAUCCAGACUGUGAGUUCCUUUUGGGCAAAGAUGUUGGUAACAUCGCCAAGUAUGACGUGAGAGUAAGGAAUCCAGAGAAGACGCUGAGAGGAGACACAGCAAGGUACCGAGAGGAGAAGGCCAGACUUGAGUCCUUCCAGAGCUGGCCAUUUUAUGCCCAAGGGACAGCCCCAAGGGAGCUCUCAGCAGCUGGCUUUGUCUUCACAGGUGUACGGGACAGCGUGCAGUGCUUUUCCUGUGGUGGGUGUUUAGGAAACUGGGAAGAAGGAGACGAUCCUUGGAAGGAACACGCCAAGUGGUUCCCCAAGUGUGAAUUUCUUCAAAGUAAGAAAUCCUCAGAGGAAAUCGCCCAGUAUAUUCAAAGCUACAAGGGAUUUGUUGGCGUCACGGGAGAACAUUUUGUGAAUUCCUGGGUCAAGAGGGACGUACCUAUGGCAUCAGCUUAUUGCAGUAACAGCAUCUUUGCGAAUGAAGAACUACGGCUGGACUCUUUUAAGAAUUGGCCUCAUGCCUCCCCCGUGGGAGUCGCAGCUCUGGCCAAGGCAGGCUUUUCCUACACAGGAAUAAAGGACGUGGUCCAGUGCUUUUCCUGUGGAGGAUGUUUGGAGAACUGGAAGGAGGGUGAUGACCCAUUAGAAGAUCACACCAAAUAUUUUCCCAAUUGUCAGUUUCUCCAAAAUAUGAAGUCCUCUGUAGAAGUGAUUCCAGACCUUCAGAGCCAUGGUGAAUUUUCUGAAUUAACGGAAACCACAUGUGAAAGCAAUCUUGAAGAUUCGGCAGCAGUUAGUCCUACAGCGCCAGAGAUGGUCCAGGGUGAAGCCCAGUGGUUUCAGGAGGCAAAGGGUCUGAGUGAGCGACUGAGAAAAGCCUACACCAGUGCCCGUUUCUGCCACAUGUCUUUGCUUGAGGUCUCUUCCUGCCAAAUCACUGACCAGUUGCUGGGUUGUGAUCUGUCCCUUGCUUCAAAACCCAUCAGCAGUCCUGUGCAAGAGCCUGUGGUGUUGCCUGAGGUCUUUGCCAACUUGAACUCUGUCAUGUGUGUGAAGGGGGAAGCUGGUAGUGGAAAGACGGUCCUCCUGAAGCAAAUAGCUCUUCUCUGGGCAUCAGGAUGCUGCCCCUUGUUAAACAGGUUCCAGCUGGUCUUCUAUCUCUCCCUUAGCUCUACCAGACUGGACCAGGGGCUAGCCAACAUCAUCUGUGACCAACUCCUAGGGACAGAAGGCCCUGUCACUGAAGUGUGCCUGAGGAACAUCAUCCAGCAGUUAAAGAACCAGGUGUUAUUCCUUCUGGAUGACUACAAAGAAAUGUGCUCGAUCCCCCAAGUCAUAGCAAAACUGAUUCAAAGAAACCACUCCUCAAGGGUCUGCUUAUUGAUUGCUGCCCGCACAAGCAGGGCCAGGGACAUCCACCGAUACCUACACACGAUUCUAGAGAUCAAAGUGUUUCCCUUCUAUAAUACCAUCUAUAUACUACGGAAGCUCUUUUCACGCAAUAUGGCCCCCCUGAGGAAGUUUAUGGUUCACUUUGGAAGGAACAAACGUUUGCAGGGAAUUCAGAAAACUCCCCUCUUUGUAGCAGCAGUCUGUGCUAAUUGGUCUCGGUAUCCUUUAGACCAGUCCUUUGAUGAUGUGGCUGUUUUCAAGUCCUACAUGGAAUGUCUUUUCUUAAAGUACAAAACCACAGCUGAACUUCUCAAAGCAACUGUGUCCUCCUGCGGUGAGCUGGCCUUGAAAGGAUUUUUUUCAUCUCGAUUUGAGUUUCACGAUGAUGACCUUGUAGAAGCUGGGGUCGAUGAAGACGAGGACCUAGCCAUGUGCCUGAUGAGCAAAUUCACAGCGCAGAGACUGAGGCCAGUCUAUCAGUUUUUAAGUCCUGCGUUCCAAGAAUUUCUUGCUGGGAUGAGGCUGGCUGAACUCUUGGAUUCAGAUAGGCAAGAAGAUCAAGAUUUGGGACUUCAUUAUCUGAAACAAGUGAACUCGUCCUUGAUGGCUGUAAUUCCCUAUAACAAUUUUUUGAACUACGUCUCCUGCCACGCUUCAACCAAGGCAGGGCCAAAAGUUGUAUCUCAUUUGCUUCAUUUGGUGGAUAGUAAAGAGUCAUUGGAGAACAUCUCUGAAAAUGAUGACUACCUGAAGCACCGUCCAGAAAUUUCAGUGGAGAUGGAAUUUCUCAGGGGCUUGUGGCAACUUUGUCCACAAAGUUACUUUUCGUUGGUUUCAGAACGUUUACUGGCUCUUGCUGUAAAAAUUGCGUAUCAAAGCAAUACUGUUGCUGCAUGUUCUCCAUUUAUUUUUGGAUUCCUUCAAGGGAGAACCCUGAAAUUAGAAGUACUUAAGUUACGGUAUUUUUUUGACCACCCCGAAAGCCUAUUAUUGUUGAAGAGCAUCCAGGUCUUGAUACAAGGAAAGAAGGCCACAAGACUAGAUUUUUCAGUCCUGGAAAGUUGUUUGGACAAAUCACAGGCACCAACUAUAGAUCAGGACUAUGCUUCUGCCUUUGAACCGAUGAAUAAAUGGGAGCAGAAUUUAGCUGAAAAAGAGGAAGAAGUGGCGAGUUUUCUGAAUAAGCAACUCAGUGCACCGCCGGACAUCAGCACUGGCUACUGGACACUUUCUCCAAAGCAGUACAAGAUUCCCCUUCUGGAAGUCCAUGUGACUCAUACUGAUGCUGUGGGCCAGGAGAUGCUCAGGGUUCUAAUGGCAGUUUUCUCAGCUUCACAGCACAUCAGACUCCACUUAGAGGACAGCAGGGGCUUUAUGGAAAGCAUCCGCCCAGCCCUUGAGCAGUAUAAGGCCUCCUUCACCAAGUGCUCCAUAAGCAAAUCUGAGCUGAGUGCGGGAGAACAGGAGUUGCUCCUCACCCUGUCUUCCCUGGAAUCUCUUGAAGUCUCAGGAACGACCCACGUGCAAGAUCAACUCUUUCCUAGUUUGGACAAGUUCCUCUGCCUAAAAGAGCUGUCUGUGAAUCUGGAUGGUAAAGAAAAUGUUUUUUCAGUCAUUCCUGAAGACUUCCUAAAUCUCCACCGUAUGGAGAAAUUAUUGAUCCGUAUUUCAGCUGAGCGUGGUCCUUCCAAACUAGUCAAAUUAAUUCAGAAUUCUCCAGACCUUCAUGUUUUCCACCUGCAAUGUAAUUUCUUUUCGGAUUUUGAAUCUCUCAUGACUGCACUUGCUUCUUGCAAGAAACUCAAAGAAAUUAAGCUUUCUGGAAAUUUUUUUAAAGCCAUCCCAUUUGUCAUCAUUUUGCCAAAUUUUACUUCUCUGAAGGUACUAAAUCUUAAACAACAAGAAUUUCCUGAUAAGGAAACAGCUGAAAAAUUUGCCCACACUUUAGGUUCUCUUAAUAACCUGGAGGAAUUGAUCCUUCCUACUGGGGAUGCCGUUCAUCAAGUGGCCAAACUGAUCAUCCAGCAGUGUCGGCAUCUUCGAUGUCUCCGAGUUCUCUCAUUUUACCAGACUUUGAAUGAUGACAGCGUGAUGGAAAUUGCCAAGGUAGCAAUCAAUGGAGGUUUCCAGAAACUCGAGAACUUAGAUCUUGAGAUCAAUCACAAGAUUACAGAGGAAGGAUACAGAAACUUCUUUCAAGCCCUGGACAACCUACCACACUUGCAAGAAUUGAUUAUUUCCAGGCACUUCACGGAAUGUAUCAAAGCUCAGGCCGUGACAGUCAAGGCUCUGAGUCAAUGUGUGUCACGCCUGCCGAGCCUCACCAGACUGAGCAUGUUAAGCUGGCUCCUGGAUGCAGAGGACGUCGCACUGCUUACAGCCGUGAAAGAAAGACAUCCUCAGUCUAAAUACUUAAUCAUUCACUGGAAAUGGGUACUGCCAUUCUCUCCAAUCAUUCAGAAAUAGAAGAGUUAGCUAAAAACUGCUGAAUCAAGGAAAUUUUUGUCAACAAUUCUAAAAGUUUAAUUACCCAAAAACAUUUUAUUAAAUAUUGCAUACAAA